GGGAGAGGCAUGAAAACACAGCGCCUGAGUCAGAUCUGGGUAUAGCUGUGAAAGUGCAUUUGUAGGUGACAAAAUGGCGAUGUCAGAGCAGCUUGAGUCCGAAGGAGGCUGUUCCUCCAAGUCAUUCAAGCUGUACUCCCCCAAGGAGCCCCCCAACGGUAGCACUUUCCCCCCUUUCCACCCCGGCACCAUGCUGGACAGAGACGUGGGUCCUACUCCGAUGUAUCCGCCCUCAUACAUGGAGCCAGGAAUAGGGAGGCACACACCAUAUGGUAACCAAACAGACUACAGAAUAUUUGAGCUCAACAAGCGACUACAGAACUGGACAGAGGAGUGUGACAACCUGUGGUGGGAUGCUUUUACUACAGAAUUCUUUGAAGAUGAUGCCAUGUUGACCAUUACUUUCUGUCUGGAAGACGGUCCCAAACGUUACACGAUUGGUCGGACGUUAAUUCCAAGGUACUUCCGGAGUAUAUUUGAGGGCGGGGCCACGGAGCUCUACUACGUGCUGAAACAUCCCAAGGAAUCCUUCCACAAUAACUUUGUUUCCCUUGACUGUGAUCAGUGCACUAUGGUCACUCAAAAUGGAAAGCCCAUGUUCACACAGGUGUGUGUAGAGGGCCGCUUGUACCUGGAGUUCAUGUUUGAUGACAUGAUGCGGAUAAAGACGUGGCACUUCAGCAUCAGACAGCACCGUGAACUCAUCCCCCGCAGUAUACUGGCCAUGCACGCCCAAGACCCACAGAUGCUUGACCAGCUGUCCAAAAACAUAACAAGAUGUGGCCUGUCAAACUCCACCCUCAACUACCUCCGGCUGUGUGUUAUUCUGGAGCCCAUGCAGGAGCUGAUGUCCAGACACAAGACAUACAGUCUCAGCCCCAGAGACUGCCUCAAGACCUGCCUCUUCCAGAAAUGGCAGAGGAUGGUGGCACCGCCUGCCGAGCCAUCGAGACAGGCCCCCAACAAGAGGCGGAAGCGUAAGAUGUCAGGUGGCAGCACCAUCAGCGGCGGAGGCGGGGCCAACAACAACAACAACAACAAAAAGAAGAGCCCCGGUAGCGGCUUCCCUCUGUCCAGCCAAGUUCCGGACGUGAUGGUGGUGGGAGAGCCCACCCUGAUGGGCGGGGAGUUCGGCGACGAGGACGAGCGUCUGAUCACGAGGCUGGAGAACACGCAGUUUGACGCGGCCAACGGCAUCGAUGACGAGGACAGCUUCAACAACUCUCCGGCACUCGGCUCCAACUCGCCCUGGAACAACAAGGCCCCUUCCAGCCAGGAGAGCAAGAGCGACAACCCCACCUCGCAGGCGUCCCAGUAG